GUUUCAUUGUAACUCUUAAACUAUGUCCCACCCGGUAGAACUAUGGCUGUUUGAUUUAUCGAAUGGCAUGGCCAAACAGCUCUCUAUGGCCUUCGUGGGCAAAGAAAUUGAAGGAAUCUGGCACACGAGUGUAAUAGCCUACGGAAAAGAGCAUUUUUACGGAGCCGAAGGCAUUAGUCAUGAGAGUCCUGGAUCCUCGAUGGUGGGAUUCAAUACGUACAAGCGCUUCCCCAUGGGGGAAACAGAUAUCCCACCGGACGUGUUCUACGACUACUUGAAACAACUUGGCAAUGGCCAGUUCGCAGGAGAAAAUUACAAGCUAUUCGAACACAACUGCAACAACUUUUCGAACGAAGUGUGCACUUUUCUGGUGGGCAAACCAAUUCCAGAUUUCAUCACAAACCUCCCUAAUGAAGUGUUACAGACUCCUUUCGGCCAGAUGAUCAAACCUAUGAUAGAACAGGCGCAGCUUCACGUGACAUCUCAAAAUCAGGGCCAGAACUGAACUUCGCUGGAUUAGUUAAAUUAUGUAAAUUAUUUGUUCAUAGCUUUUAAAGUAUCUACUGCAGUGCAGGUUUUUCAAAUGUUAGAAUUAAAGUUGGAAGGCUAAUUUUUUUAUAG